UUUUUUUUUUUUUUUCUCGCCUUUUUAUUCUUUGCCAUUCUGUCAAUAUCAUCUUUUCUUUAGCUCCAUUUCUUUCUUUUAAUCUCUCAUUUAUGCAUAAUUGAUCGAGCGAGUUAAAUCUCCUGGUCAGGAGAUACUUUCACCAGCUUCCUGUCGGCAUUGCAUCUUUUUCGCUCUCUCUUACGAGGUUGCAUGGCCUUUGUAUAAUAUAAGACUUCUUUCCUUUUUAGGCGGCUGCUCACGCCAGCCUCGACGCCCCGGCCUGAUUGCGACAGAUUUAGGCCCAGCACAUCAUCACACCUCGUGGUCUUCCUCCGUUGUUAGCCGUGGAAUCUGCUCGAUAUAAUCCUUUCGUUGACCUGCUCCUCCGUAGCUUCUAGAGCUUUGGUGGAGAACAUAUAUGAGCUUUACGGCUAAAAUUUCCGCGUUACCAUGAGCGAUUCAGCUUCGAAAUCUAAAGGAGUCAUGCCGGACACCAAGGCCUUGGAAGAAGGCCCCCGGCGGGCGGAUGGUGUCUCUCAGCUAUAUGAGGGUAAUGUCUUCGAUGCAACACCAGAAGACCGCCGUCAGAUUGGCGUGGUCAGCGCCUCGUUCCUGAUCUUCAACAGAGUCAUUGGAACUGGUAUCUUCGCCACGCCGAGUACCAUCUUAUCAUUGUCCGGUAGCGUUGGACUUUCCCUAUUCAUGUGGGUGAUUGGUACCAUCAUUGCCAUGGCUGGUACUGCCGUAUAUUUGGAAUGGGGUACUGCUAUCCCUAAGAACGGUGGCGAAAAGAACUAUCUUGAAUAUGUCUUCAAGAAGCCCAAAUUCCUCAUAACAUGCAUGUAUGCUGCCUACGUCAUUCUUCUUGGCUGGGCCGCUAGCAACAGUGUGGUGUUCGGCGAGUACAUUCUCAAUGCAGCAGACAUUGAGGUUGAUCGCUGGAACCAGCGUGGUAUUGGGUUGGCAUGUAUCUCUGCAGCUUUCCUCAUCCACGCCUUUGCGUUGAAGUGGGGCCUUCGACUUCAAAACCUCCUUGGUGUGAUAAAGCUUGUCGUGAUUGUGUUCGUCGUUGUCUGCGGUUGGGUGGCUCUCGGUGGCCAUAUGAAGAUCGACCCUCCUCACAACUUCCGAAACGCCUUCGAAGGCACCAGUGACAGCGGUUAUGGCAUUGUCAUGUCGCUGUACAACGUCAUCUGGUCGUUCAUCGGCUACUCAAAUGCUAACUAUGCUUUGAGUGAGACCAAGAACCCCACCCGUACGUUGAAGAUCGCCGCGCCAAUCGCGAUUGGGUCCGUUGGAGUUCUUUACAUGCUCUGCAACGUCGCCUACUUUGCUGCUGUACCUAGAGAGCAAUUUCUUAGCUCUGGCCAGACCGUUGCCGCCGUCUUUUUCGGCAACAUGUUUGGUCCAAAGGCAGAGAAAGUCAUGUCGGUCUUCAUCGCCCUGUCGGCCUUCGGCAACGUCUUGUCUGUGAUCUUUUCUCAAGGUCGAAUCGUUCAAGAGUUGGGACGUGAGGGUAUGCUACCCUUCUCAAAGUUUUUCGCCAGCAACAAGCCAUUGAGUGCGCCGGCCGCGGGUCUUUUCGAGCACUAUAUCGUGUCGAUCAUCAUCAUGUUGGCUCCUCCUCCCGGAGACGCUUAUAACUUCCUGGUCAACCUUAUCUCGUAUCCGCUCGCCAUCAUCAACGUUUUUGUGUCUGUUGGCCUCAUCUACAUUUACUUUACCCAUAAGACUAAGUUCCCCGACUGGAACCCCGGUAUCCGCGCGACACUCCCCGUGACCAUCUUCUUCUGCCUGUCCAACGUCUACCUGGUGGUGGCACCAUACAUCGCCCCAAGUGAAGGACAGAGCGUCUACAAGGAGCUGCCGUAUUAUCUGCAUUGUGUGGUGGCCCUGGGUAUCUUCGCAGCCGGUGGAAUUUACUACCUCGUGUGGGCGGUCUUACUCCCACGUCUUGGCAACUAUGUGAUGGUUAAGGAAACGGUGGUGGAUGCCGAUGGCUGGUCUCGAAGUGUUAUCUCGCGCCUGCCGUUAGCGGAAGCGGAACAACGACAGCAGGAGCAGUUGCAGCAGCAACAACAGCACGCUUGAAGUGCUAUGAUUUCAAGAUUCAACAUCAUUACUUUACGAGCGUAAUCAUAAUGUUUACAGCGACGCAUUUGCAUGGAGUUGGGGAUUCUGGGGAUAUUUUCGUUUGCACAUUUUGGGUCAACAAAGUUAUACCCCGGUUCAACAUGUUACGGAUACCUCUUCUAUCUUAAUUUAUAUAUAUGGUCGGUAUAGAGUAUAGACAUAGAAAUUUACAUACACUAUUCGAAGAAA